GGAAAGAAAAGUGUAAGUAAUUUUAAGGAGUCAAAAAAUGAUCAAGGAAUUUUUGAAGAAGCUCUUAUACCAAAUACGGAUGUUCGGCAAUGCUCAUGCACCGAACAACGAACCUGUUCAGCAGAGAUGAAAGAACAGGCAAUGACCUGCAUUGAUCCGUGUUGGAACCAAUUCAAUCAGUUAACAAAUCAGUCAGAAGAAUUGAAGAAAUGUUUCGACAGCAAAAAUAACCUUCUGCAAACCUUUUUGACAUGCUUUGAAAAUAAUGUUGAUUCGUGUGUGGAAAGUGAUGAUGGUCCCAAAAUUCAGAAAGCAAACAUAUCUGAGGUACUUCGUCUUGGCGAACAAGCACUUACACAUAAGGCUGAUACAUUGUCACAGAAUAUUGCUCCAUUUUUGAAAAAAAUUUUGGAUGCUACCGGAAGUUUUGCAAUUUGUGUGAAAAAUUGUUUUAUUGAAAAGAAUCAUAACGGUUUCUGCUAUGAUCGUUACAAUUGUCAACCAUUACUGUUGGAAAGAAAAACCAAAAAAACACUAAGACGUUGUGCAAAGACGAUUAAUUGGAAGAAAGAAGUUGGUGAACUUUGUACUUGUUCCGUGGAAGCCGGUAUUGUGUAAGU